UGUAGGCAAUGAUGAAGUCAUUUAGACCUAAAUUGUUGAGAGAUGUGAACCCAGAACAGAAAAUGAAUGUGUUUAACUAUUUUUUUAAGUGGCAAAGCUUGUUUUCCACAUGUUUCCAACAUGAAAAUAGAUUAAAAGAAUUACAAAUUACCUGGAUUUUCACAUGUGUAAAUCUUUACAGAGCAGAGAUAAACAAUUUAGAUUAAACAAAAGAAUAAAAACAAAUUCUCACUUGCAAUUCAGGGCUUCCAUACCUGCAGUCUUAAACUGAAUUGAUAGACAGUCACACUGUCAUGCAAAGUUACUAAGAAAGGUGUGUUGGAAAAUGCUCCAAUACGGAAAUAUCAGAAAAAGAUAAAGGAUGGCAGUGUCAGUAUUUUCUUGGUCACAGAUCUGACUAAGGUUUUUCUUAAACUUGAUUUUGUUUAGAAACGUCCCAACUCUAGAUGUUAAGAAUUUCAUUUCAAUUACAUUUUGAGUAAACUUCUGGUCUCGAGAGUUAACGUAAUUAAGAAUGAAAUGUCCAAAUCAGUUUUUUGUUCCUGUUUUCUAAAAUAAAUUGCACUCUGUAGUGCUUUAUAUACACCUUUACAACGCCUUAUUACCUGAAACAUGACCCACAUUUACCCUGUACUCCAGAGGUUAUACGGUGACAGAUAGAAAAACAAUGAAAUACUAAAGAAACAAAGAGCGCACAUUUUAGCCUGAGAUUGAAAAGAGACGACAACAUGGUGUAAUCCCUUUGGUUAGAGUUGCUGACAGGGGACAACCUUUUUCAAACGGCCCCUCUCUCCUGUCCUGUCCUGUCCCCUGACUCGUGCCCUCUGUUCGCCCCCCCUCCAGCCCCUGCCUGUCUUUUCCAUACACUGACUGACUGACUGACCUGUUACUAUGCCCAUAAAGACACCUGCUGUCACAAACACAGGAAACCACAACCAGCAGCAACUGCCCAUCACUGAGGAACUUCACAAACUCUUACUACGCUGAACCAGAAAAUCACGCUCACAGGACGGAGAGACAUACACUUAGACAAAGGAACAUCUCAUCCACUGCGGGACCAAGAACACAACCGAGCGGUUGCAUCAUGAUUGAGAGUGACAGAGAGCUGUCGUCCAUAGUGCAGCAGCUGUGGGACAAUGAUGUCAACAGACUCAAACCUGGAAAAGACUACAGGAUCUCUCUGCAGGGCAAAGCUGCUCACAGCAUGGCAUUGGAGGACAUUAAUGACGGAGCAGGAUCUCCUCUGUUUACAUAUGUGGAUGAGAACACUUUCAAAAAGGAGACUUUUAUAGCCUUUAUUUCUCUGUUGGAUAACUAUGUGAGUGACACAGGCGAGCCAGAAAUUGUAACCCCUGAGGAGGUGGCAGAGAACCACAAAUUCCUGGACUGCAUCAUUCAGACACCCACCAUGAAGAUAGCUCAUAAAUACCUGGCAGAGAAGAACCUCUCUCCAAAGGAUGAGACCAAAUUCAAGGAGCAGCUGUACAGGAUCUGGUUUGAACUUUAUGCGAGGAAAGGAGCCAGCAAGCCAGACUCCUCUGGAUUUGAACAUGUGUUUGUUGGAGAGACAAGAGGAGGUCGGAUUGUCAUUGGCUUUCACAACUGGAUCCAGCUUUACCUACAAGAGAAGAUGGGACACAUUGACUACAAAGGCUACAGCGUUGAUGCACAUUCACCCCAGCCCGAUGAGAACAAACACAUCCUGGCGCUACAGUUCAGCUGGAAGGAUGGUAUAAAGCCAAAGGGGAGCAUCUUCGUUGGUGUCAGCCCUGAGUUCGAGAUGGCUCUCUACACUGUCUGUUUCCUAUCCUCGCCCAACGAGCGUGUCAAAGUCCAGUUCAGUUUUUAUGACGUGGAGAUUGUUUGCCACCACUACAACCAAAAGCACAUAGGCACCACUUAUCCUGUGCUCCUUAAGUACCGACAACCUACACAAUAAUUUGACUAGAAAUGAAUCUGAGAUAAUACUUCUCUAACUCUUAAGCUUGCAUGCAAAGUGUCACAGGAAAUGUUGUUGUCUUUUUAUUUUAUAUAAAGCCACAAUAAAACCUUACAAUAACUAA